GUGAGGUGUGUCAUGUGUGUGUUUCUCCAUUUAUUUUAUAACUUUAUUUUGCGAUAAAGAAGAAUGCAUGUUUUAAUCGGUGAUCACAAACUCCAGUAAGACAUCAGAGGACAUGAAGAUAUGGAACUGAUGCAGUGACAGGUGUGGUGUGGUGUCAGUUAUUACAAUAUAACAAUGAGAGCGGACUGGGGCUCCCAGUUUGUGAACCGAGAGGCGCUUGUGUUCCUGUGUAUCAACUACGCGUUCUUCUCUGUUGUCGUCCUCUCAUUCAUCCUCUUCAUGAUCAUCCUGACGCACACUUCGUCCACUGAGGACGACCUCAUGACCUCUCUCGCCAUCAUGUCAACGUGCUUCGUCUUCAUUGACCUGAUCGUGGCAAACUUUCUCAUUCAAACCAUAAAUAUGAACAUGGAAGUGAAAUUGUUGGUUUAGAAACUGGGGUUUUAUUUUUUGAAUAAUUGAUAACUGAAAUGAAAUAACAUUGUUCAUAUAUUGGUGAAAGUGAAAAAAACAUAUCUUUUUCAUUUUGUUUUUUAAUGUACAGUAUUUGGAUGUAUAUUAAUAUUAGGACUAAAUAACUGAAAACACUGGUACUUUUGACAGUUGCCAGGAAUGAUUAGUUGUCUUUGACACCCAAUAGCCAGUGUGUACUUUUUUGUUCUGGAGUGUCGUUAAACAUUCAUUCAUUGAUGAUUAGUAGUGGGUGAAGGACAUCGACGACUAACCUAACCUGUAGAAGCAUUUGAUUUUUUUCGUCAAGUGUUUUUAAGAGUUAGCUCCCUUGGUAUGAUUUUCACAAUGGCCAUGAACAGAAAGGGUCCAACAAAACUGAAGUUAGAGCCGUCCAACAACACUGGCGUGAUGUGCUUUGCGAAGGAUGCUUCGUUUAGUGAUCUCUCAGAUCCCUUGAAAACUCCCAUCAGUCCCAGCUCCAUGUUCACGCGGGCUAAGCUGAAAAACAUCCCCCACAGUAUUAUCAACUCCAUACUGUUCUGCCACUGGGAUAACAUCUUAGGUCCAAGACUGGAGUAUGCCUGGUUCAUAGAUGGCCGAUCGGAACCCGAAGACUAUGUGUUGAGACAUGUCUGUCUGCAGGUUUUGAGUGGGGAGAUCUGUAGAAACCCUCAACUGUGCCAUAUAGAUUACAAACUGUACGACCUUGCUGAAAAGGGCAUCAUUGUCCCUUGUUUUGUGUUUUCUGCCAGGAAGGACUUCAGUGUUGUUAUUCACGCCAUUGCUCUGGUGAUACCGGCACCUGAGCUCAACGUGUAUCUCAAGUGGCACGGACUCAUACAGUGCUGGUUGACUAGAAUUAUUGCCAAAUUUAGAAUACUCUUAAACAAGCCCAACUAUCCUAAUGGUGGACUAGAAGAUUGUUCUAUUUGGCUGACAGAGUUUUUAGAAAUGUUAUGUUCCCUGCAUGAAGCAGGUCUUCCACAGAUCAUCAGAUUAGUAGAUACAGGUUUCUCGCCAUCUCAUUAUCUUGAACACGACUUCCUUCACCGUGCCAUUUCUUCUCAUCUGAUGACCUUCGGUAGGAGUCUGGUCAUUGGGUCAAUUCCAGAUAGAGUUAAUCUAGUCAUAUCUACUCUAGCUAUGUUUAAUAGUGAAGCAGAGCGUGCAAUAUCAAGAAAAGUACCAACAACUCCUGACAAACAGUGGGCCUAUCACCAUGACAUCAGCAUUCAAGGCAUUCUUAAGUUUCCAGACGGCUCUUUCAGUGUGCCGAUUAAGGAAAUCCUGUGCAGUAAGUACCCUUCGACUAUCAUUGACAUUCAGAACCGAGAUGUUCGCCAGUCGCCGUUCUGCCAGUGUCAUCAUGUCCAUAACUUUGAGACACUCAAGGAUGAACUCAUCUGUGUCCAUUACAACCACGAGCAGGAAAUCAAUGUCAGUGCAGCCUUGGAAGCUGUUAACUAUCCCGACACCAUUGUUCUUAAUUUUAUGGAUGAGAUUGUCAAGCUGCCUGCUGUGUAUGGUGUGCGGGAUGCUUACAUUGCUCACUUCAUGAGACAGCUGUCCAGGAGAGCUGUGUGUCUUAUUAAAUAUGUGGAACAAGAAACUCGCAGAGGAAUGGUUCCACUGAAGGGAGGUUUGAAAAGACUGAAACUCGACUUGUCUCUCAUUCCUGAAGGCAAUUUCCGCAUUGUGAUUGCUGCUGCGGAGAAACUGAAACCAGGGAUCUAUCAUUUCCUACUGGGCGAUAGAAAAUACGACCUCGAACACCAUCUUAACAGUGAGGAUGCCAUGUGAUGUGGAGUCAUGUGUUACUCAUACUGAGGAAUUAAUAGUGCUAGUGUAUGGGGAUAUUUCACACCCUAAGCAGGUUUCACAGGCACAGCGGAAGUAGACAUUGAGAGGGCUGACUGAGAUUGAAGGUGCAAAGCAAAGUCUUUAAGGGGUUCGGGGGUAUGCUUCCCCAUAAAACUGUACAAAUUAGAUGUCCUGAAAUGCAAAUUCCUGCAUUCGACAAGUAAAAUUCAUCUCUGCCUUACGAUUUACAUGUACUACCAAUAAUAUUUUUUAUUUAGAAUUAUUGGGGGGACUAGAGCCUCCUGCUCUGCUGUACCUGCUUCAGAUUUGCCCUUCAGGCUUUCUGCCAAAACUUAAUUUGAGGGUACUUGAUAAAAAUCAGACCGACCAUUCUAGGUGGUUAUAGUUUCAUGUACAUGCAGGGGUGGCACAGUGUAAAAAAAUUGUUGUACGGCUCAAGGUUUCCAGACUCUUUUCAGGUUCACCUGUGAAGAACAUUUUCACAGAUACAACAAAUUUAACACAUGCAAAAAAAAAAAAAGUUGUACGGCCAUACUGUACCUCUUUAAAAAGUGGUACGGCUAUUGUCGUACUGGCCAUAGUGUCUGCGCUGCCCCUGAUGUGUGUUAACGAACUUAAAAUAGCAGUUCUCUUGCUAUCAUCUGUCUAAAAAUUAUGAAAAUAUAUCCAUUAAUUUCCAAAAUUUUAUUAUCCACAGUUUUACCCUCUGUACCCUCUGACAAAAAGCCUGUCCCUUACAAUAUCUUCAGUUUAUAUUAUUACUCAGGUUUCAAAGUAUUGAAACUUUGUGUAAGCCAUUUCUGAGUUGUAACCCAUUUGAUUUCACAUAACCCAUCACAACUAUGUUUAUGAUGUGCUAAAUUUAAUGUAUAGACAAAAGUUAGGUUACACAAAACUUGUUGCAUAAAUCAGUCUCCACUGUGAGGAUUCGAACCACAGACACUUUAUAUGACAGGCCAGUGCUCUACUAACUGAGAUAAUAGGGAAAAUCACAAUAGGAACCUUUUAUACAAACAUUACUACACAGCCCACCCCCACACCCUACCCACACACAUACACACAAUUUUCAUAGUCCUAGCCAACUGCAUAAAUGGUGUAAGAUGGAAAUAACAGAAUUUUAUGAUGCACGUGUUUGAUUCAAAUCAGGACUGGGCUAUGGGGGGGGGGGGGGGGGGGGGGGGGGGGGGGGGGGGGGGGGGGGGGGGGGGGGAAUUCUAUUGGAAGUUUGCUUUGAGACAGUAAUAUGUUGUGUUUAUAUUUUUUAUGAUGAAAUAUAUGUGUGUGUAAUUGUAUCUGUUUUGUGAUGUCAUUUUGCUUAUGUGGGACACCAAGGAAGAGCAUGUAGUACUUCAAUAUUGUUGUAUGGGAUGGGAUCAUUGGUGGAAAUAUUACAACUGUAAAUUAUGAUGCAUUCUUACCAUUUGAUUGACAGUAAACAUUUGUAUGAAUGCGAUUGGUAGUGUAGUGUAAUUCAGAGUCAAAUCAACUUGGGUGGGUUUUUUUACAUGCUGAACUUAAGGUAUGAAUAUAAUUUGUUGUAUUUUGUAACAAAAUUCAUAUCAUUUUGCCAUUCCUAAAUAUGUAUCGGUAAUAAAAGUAACUCGUGUUCGUGAUCGAUCUCCCAACAGUUUUUGUGAAAGAAUUUUUUUUUAACAAAAAUCCCUAUUAUGCUAUAACUGUUCUGCUUCUUUUAAAUUGACAGUGUCAUGUUUGUCACAAACCGUGGUUACUGACGAAGCCAUGUUAUAAUACCAGGCUGUGUUUGUGGGUGCUGUGGUAUAAUAACUAUGAUGAUUUGUCUUUCACUGAAUUAUUUUUGUCAAAUUGUUUCCAAUAAAAAUGUACCUUACGCAUUGAA